GCCCCGCCUCCAGCACGCGAAGCAGCCAUGGCGCCGGGCGGGCAGGCGGGAGGCAGCGGCAGCCCCGGGUCCCCCCGCGAGGGGCUGCGGGACUGGAUCCGGAGCGCCUGCCGAUUCGCCGCCGACAGGAGCGACUUCCGCAGAAACCUCAUAGUUAACCUGGGGCUUUUUGCUGCUGGAGUCUGGGUAGCCCGAAACUUGACAGACAUUGAUUUGAUGCCUCCUCAGCCAGUUGCAUAGCAGUGCCAGUGAGUACCUGACAUUGUGAAGACGUGAAUCAGGUGUACCUGCAUCAAGUCUGAAGAGCUUCUCGUUCCAGUGUGACAGGAUGACCAAAAUGAUGAUCAGAAGAGUUGUGUGGUGUUUGUUGCUUUUAUUCUCGGUAACUAAAAGUUCAGCAGCUCUAAAAUUGUAUUUUAAUUCAAGCAUACUAUCAUUCCGCAAUGAACAGAAGCCAUUUAACUCAUGAGAUGUUAGUUGUAUGUUCAGUUCACCCCACUGAGCUCAAUGUAUAUUAAUCAGUUAUAUUUUCAAGACUUGCAAAGCUGUUUCAUAUUGAGUUUAAUUCUGUACCAUGUCUAGAAGAUUCUCAUUAAAUUAUCAUAAAAUGUUUGAAAUGAUGACAUUCUACUGCACUGGAAUUUUAUUCUUUUAAUAGGAAACUUCAGCUUACAAAACAAGGUGUAAAAAAGAGUAAAGAUUUACAAAAAUCAUAAAAACAUGAUUCAUAUUUCACACCCAAGAGAGAAAGGAACGAGUCCCAAUCCUGUGUUGUAAGCAGGGCUUGUCAGCUAUUUAUUCAAAGGGAAAACAAUUUUUUAAAAAGCCCUAGGUAAACUCUAACCACCAUAAAUGUACACGGAUAAAUGUUCAGACAGGAUAAAGCUGGUGCAUUUCUUUUAUCUUAGAGGAAUUAUGAUUGUAUGUUAUACUUGGGGAAGAAGCUGUUUGGUGUUGCAUAGCAUUUUAGUGCCUUGGACUGGUUCUGCUAGUUGCCACCAUUAAGUUGUUAGAAUCCAGCUGAUAGUGGGAAGGCUAUUCCAUGGGAGGUGAAAGUGAUGAUAUGGAGGACAGGCUCAGAAGCACCACUACUUUCUAGCAUUGUUGUGCUACAGCUACACAAACAGUAGCACACGUUCCAGCCCUGAGCAUUUUGCAGCACCACUGCAGCAUGGCUUCAGAUCCUUUGGAAUUUUAUGCAUGAGUUCAUCUAUUACUUUGUGUUCAAAGGAGUCCUACAUAGCACUGCCUACAGAUUUAGGGUUCUGUUUGGUUUUUCUGGUGAGGGCCCUUAAGAGCAGAUGGAGGAUAAGUCAAUUUCAGCUUUAUCGAGUAGUAAGUUAAUUGGAAAUAAUUUCUGCUUAAAUUUUCAGAACAAGUAUUCUCAUUGUGAACUUAAAGCUCACUAUACUGGAGACACAUCCUCUUCCCACAAAAUAAAAAGGGGCCUACGAAGAACAUUGAAUAGAUAGAUGGAUUUAAACUUGAUUCUUAAAGGUUUUUGACUUAACACCCUAACUUCUUCCUAGGACUUGGGUUCAAACAGGGGCCAGGUUAUGCAGUUCUAGGUGCAUAAUUCUGUCAUGUUAAGUUACUGGAUGUUGUCUUCAGAGGCCUUUGACUGAAAUAGAGCUCGUUUAACUUACAUAAGAUUAGGAGCUGUCCUUCACCAAUACAUCUGUGCACUGAGCUGGCCUGACAGCUGAGAAUCCGACUAUUUCUGGUAGCACGGACCAGCUAUCACUUAUUAAAGUCCUUGCAGCUAAGACAGCCUUGUUAAUUACCAGAGCAUGGUGUGUAUCAGCAUAUGUAAUUAUUGAUCAGGUAGCAGAAACCUGUAGUACAGCUACACAUAGCUUUGACUUAAAGCCCUCACAAAAGUCACUGAAAAGCCAACAACCUGGCCAAGUUUUUCUCUCUCCCCCGCCCCUCUUCACACUUUGGGUUUCUCACUCUAAAAAGCAAAAGAAACAUCCAUCCUUCAUUUCUGCUUUCAAGAGAAUGUUUAGUGUUAAAAGAAAACUCUGUUCUUUCCAGCCUUUGCAAAGAACAGCAGCCUUCCACGGAUCACCAAGCACUUGGCUGCGGGAACAGUGUUACUUUAUAAUGGGAUUUUCAAAAGUACUUGGCCCUGGUCUAACUGCUUCUAUCAAAGUCAAUGGUGUAAUUCCUAUUGAUUUAAUGGGAGAAGAAUUAGGCCAAUCCAAGGGCUCUUCAAAAUCCUAACCUUAAUCACUAUUCCAUAAAGAAGCUUGGAAAUCCACAAUCAGAAAUUGUAAACUAAGUUUAGCUGUUAUGUGAACAUUUGUUUAAAUCAGAUUUUAAAACAUGAAGAAAGGGAAGACUAUUGGAAAAAUAUUGAGGGGGACUUUAUUUUGGGCAAACAACUAACUUUUAUAACUUGUUUUUCCUCUCAUAUGAACUCCCUCUUUAAUGGGGACUAAUAGUUAUGGCACUGAGUAAGUGUUUCCCCUGGAAUUUGUAAAUGCUUAUAUAAAGCCAAGUUAAAAUGGGUCAGUUCUGCUUCACACCUUGGGCUCCUCAUGGUGCCAGCAUCAAGGCCACUUUUGAUUGCCCCUCAAACACUUACACAAAGUUGAGUUGCCACACAUUUUUGUGAGGUUUAUUUGAGGCCGGAGGAAAUCUGUACCUAUGUGAACUUUAAUUACUGGGCCAAAAGAUACUGUCAAGUGGUAAGGGCUUUCUAAGAAGAUUAGGCAAGAGUGUAUACAGUUGUAGCCUUGCCAGACCAGCAGUACUGAGUUAGACAGACUUAAGGCAACAUUACUUAUCCAGUCAGAAAGGUGCCAAGAUGUAUCUAGGCAACUGUUUAAGUUAAGGGGCAGAUUCUAGACUAGAGUGCAGCAAAAGUCAUUCACCUAAGGCUCUAGCUUGUCUCUUUUGAUAAGAUACAUUCUUAGGCCUUGUCUACACACAAGAGUUGUUGUAGUUUAACUGUAGCGGUAUAGCUAAAGUGGUACAAUCCCCGCUCCUCUCUAGUGUGGCUGCUGUUAUACUGAUAUGUAUGUAUACCACUGCAGCUUAUUCCACAAAUGAGAAAGGGAAUAAGCCAUACUGGUGUAAGCACCACCCCCGCCCCCCCAUAGGUAGGAAGUCAUAUCACUUUUU